GUUUAGCUUUUUCUAGACAACGAAAUUCAUUCGAAGGUGGCAAGGUGGCAGGAAUCAAUCACACAUCAAGAGAAAUUUUCAGAAAUAUGGUUGCAAUUGAGGAUUAUAUUGUGGACGAUUUUCCCUUGGACCCCACACCGCCCCUGCUGAAGCCCAUAGAUCUGAAAAAUAUUGGAUAUUUACAGAAAAUACCCACGCAUGUGGAUUGUCCUGCCUGUCGGGCGGUGGGUAUGAGUGUGGUGCGCCUGGAGGCGGUAACCUGUUUGCAGAAAUUUCUCAAGGCCACCAAUUUGUGUAAAACCGCCGAGUGCCGUUAUGACAUAAAUCAUUACUGCGGCGAAUGUGGCUGUUAUAUUGGCCGUUAUGUUGCCAUCGACUGUGCCGAGCGUUGUUUGUCGAAGCAGGCCCGCAAGAAAGCCGCUUCGGAUGCAUUGACUUUAAGGAAGGAACCCACAAAUUGUGCCAAGAAACUUCAGGCAUCACGUGAAAGAGUCUUGGCCAACAUGACGAAGGAGAGAAGUGAAAGGAAACAAAAAUCAAAGGAGAAGAGUGGUGAAAAAGAGAACGAUAAGAGCAAUAAAUAAAUAAGACAAAGCCGAAUAAAAUUAAUAAAUAAAAAU